CACAGUGUCUGAGUUGUCCAGGGUCAUAGUUGAGUCACAGCUGACAGGUGAGGGGCCUCGCUGCUGACAGCUCGCGCCACUUGUUUGAGGAAAUAUUUGAGGUCUGAAGAAAACAGGAGGAGGAGGAGGAGAGGGCAGCAUGGCGGGCAAAGUGAGAGUGUGUUCAGCCGGACAGAGCCAGCUCCAGGACUCGUCGGACUCGGACUCGGAGGCGGAGGGGGAACCCGCUCAGGUCACGGGUGCCGGACCCUCCGCCGGCUCCCUCCCCGGCUCUCAGGUCAUCCACAGCGGACACUUCAUGGUGUCGUCGCCUCACAGUGACUCCACACCGCGCAGGAGGAAGAGCGGCGGCUCGCUCAGAUAUGACUUUGACACGGUGAACAGGACGUGGUGUCAGACGUACCGGUACGGCCCGCUCAGCUCCGCGAGCCUGAGCAUAGACCCCACUCUAACCCGCCUGUUUGACUGCAUGUCCCUGGCAUACAGUGGUAAGAUCGUCUCUCCUAAGUGGAAGUCUUUUAAGGGUCUGCGGUUGCUGUGGAGAGAUAAGAUCCGUCUGAACAAUGCCAUCUGGAGAGCUUGGUUCAUUCAGUAUGUGGAGAAGAGGAAGAUCCCAGUGUGCGGGUUUGUCACGCCAUUGGAGGGCUCGGAGGCCGAUGCACACAGAAAGCCUGAAGCAAUUGUCUUAGAGGGCAGCUACUGGAAGCGACGGAUUGAGGUGGUGAUCAAAGAGUAUCACAAGUGGAGGAUUUACUACAAGAAGAGGCUUCAGAAAAAGAAGGAUGACAUUCUAUCAAUGCUACAAGAGGGUCAAAUCUGCCAGGCCAAGCUGGAGAAAUGGUCAAAUCAGAUGUACCAGGAGCCUGAGGCCACACCCGCAGAGGCCCACAUGUUUGACCUGGACUGCCUUCUGUCCGACAUCUCCGACACCCUGUUCACCAUGACGCAAAAGCCAUGUCCCUGGGCAAGUGACCGGAACGACACGUAUACAAGCAAUGCUGAUAUAAUCCAGCCAGGCCUGACUCCACUGCAGCCUAACCUGGAUGACUUCAUGGAUAUACCAGAUAUUUUUAUUAACUACCGGGGACAGACCACUGAGCAGACCGGUUUUGCUGACUGUGGAUAUUUUGAGAGUUCAUCCGGCACUGCAUUCGCUCCAGUUCCCUCUCCUGUGGUCACAACUCCUCAGCUACUUGUUGACACCCAGCUGGCUCAGCCUUCUUCAUCCAACUCCCAACAAGACCAGACCAGGCUGGACCAAGAUUGCCGUGAAUACCACACACCCGGCAUCCUAUCAGGCACAGUGCCGUACGGACACCAGUCAUACCCUGAUCCACCUGUUACUAUAGCGUUUACCUCCAGCAUGGAGCAGACAGGGGCUUCAAGUGUUCCCUUUCUGUACCCAAAGUUUGGCUACUACACAACCUCCAAUGUGACCCCCACUGUCAUCACCCACACAGCCUCCACAGUAGGGGCUCAUGGCUUCCCUCAUAUAGGGGACUCGUACACCCAGAACCCCUGCCACACCCUCGGAUACCCUGUUGCUGUGCCUGACGCAUUGGCCCACUGCUUCUCCGUCCCUGAGCAGGUGGUGGUUUCAGGGGUCAGAGGGAAACACAAGCAGAAGACAGGAGGAGCGAGGACAGCCGGUCCUCCUCUGGCUCCAUCAGGCCCCCCUUCCACUGCACCUACACCCACGAGCUGCCUGGCUGAGCUGCUCUCCUCCAGCACCAGAGAACGGAAGCCAUCUUUAGGAUUUGAAACUCUUCUAGUGACAACCAGAGGACGGAGGUCAACAUCUCCCAGCCCCUCGCAGUCCAGCAGCAGCACGAAUGUUGGAGGAGCUUCAUCCCAGCUGCAGCAUGGAGCUGGCUGGCCUGCAGGGAUCCCCGUGUUGACCCCUCUUCACAGCCAGAGUGCCACCCUGGGUCACAGUGGACCCCACGCCAGUACCUCCAGAGGCUCUGCAGUGUCUGCCCUGCUCACCCACGGCUCCACACACACCAAUACAACCCUGCUCAUCCCCAAAACUGAAAAACUCUCCCCUGUUCAGCUUUACGGCACGGAGAAGAGCAGCUUAACAGUUAGUUUUUCAGGACAUCCAGGCCAAAUAUCACCACCAAACCCUUUAGACAAAGUCUCCAACCCUGAGUCCUCACACUCAGUCUUCUCAGGACACGCAAAGAUAGAAUCAAGUAAGCAGACAGAGACCAGGAGGAUCACUCACAUCUCAGCAGAACAGAAGAGACGUUUCAACAUCAAACUGGGUUUUGACACUUUACAUAAUCUUGUGACAACACUCAGCUCACAGCCCAGCAUAAAGAUCAGUAAAGCCACAACCCUGCAGAAGACAGCAGAGUACAUCAGUAAGAUGCAGCAGGAGAGAGGACAGCUCCAUGAGGAGGCUCAGAGACUCAGAGAGGAGAUCCAGCUCCUUAACUCCGCCAUCAAUACUUGUCAGCAGCAGCUCCCAGCCACUGGUGUCCCCAUCACCCGGCAGCGCUUCGAUCACAUGAGGCAGAAGUUCAGAGAGUAUGUCCAGGCUCAGACGCUGCAAAACUGGAAGUUCUGGAUCUUCAGUAUCAUUAUUGAGCCGCUGUUUGAGUCCUAUAAUGGGAUGGUGUCCACUGCCAGUGUGGAUGACCUGUGUCGAUCCACUCUGUCCUGGGUGGACCAGCACUGCUCCCUGCCUGCACUCAGACCCAUGGUUUUGAGUUCACUCCGUCUCCUGAGCACCACCACGGCCAUCCUCACAGACCCCACGCUGCUGCCUGAGCAGGCCACCAUUGCAGUCACCCAGGGUGACCCUGCUGCUGCCCUGGACCACUCCUUACAGCCUGCCGUUCAGGAGAGAAUACACCCCAUGUGACCGUGAACUUUACUGGAACCCAUUACAUUUCACACAAGACCAUACACCAGAGGAAAAGAGUGAUUCAGAAAGACACAACACUUAUCUCAGAGUGCUCACCACUGCAUAAUGACGCUCAAAUAAAACUCACCAGCUGCAAGAAGAAUGUAUCAACCACACACACAAACCGGUGAAUAUAUGUGAACUAUGCCUCAGUGCUGAUAAAAGUAUAACACAGUUCUGAUAUAAACUUAUGGUUAUUUCUCUGCCUCAGUAGAUUUUCUUUAGCUGAGCACAAUGUGUCUAAUGUGUCGUUUAAUAAUUGUUUAUAAGUAAUCAAGUUUUCUUAACAGCCCUUUCCUAAACUUCCCCUAAUUGGAUUCUAACUUUGAAACAAACUUAAAUUUUCCUCACCAGCAACUAUCCCUCCUUUGUUGUCAAUUGAAAGGAUCAUAGCACCUUGGGCAUUUCCUUUAAGCCAUUUUUCCUUUCCUUUUUCCACUUUCGGCAAAGAGCUACUUUUUCAAAGAGUAUACAAUUACUUUCUUUGAACGAAUUGAACCAAAAGUUAUGGAAGGAUACAGAGCAUCAAGAAUGUUGUAUUUUUACUUGUUCAAGUGUCUGCUGGGUUAGAAAGAUACCCCACCACACCGUGGGUCACCACAGGAGAGAACAUGUGUUGGUUUGGUUUGACCUAUGUAAUGGUGUGGUGCCAGGCAGAAAAAUAAAACUGACAUGUUGUUAAC